ACAUGAGCUGCAUUCACAUGCUCCAGAGCAGGAAGUGUCCCAGCCUCAGCUGUCUAUAUGGAGGUUCCUUCUGUCCUGGUGACAAUCUGCAGGGUGUAGGAUGGUAAACUGCAAUAGUCUGCGGCGGUGAGGCUUGUGAUGAACACUUAAGAACUGAGGCAAAAAAGAAGGUAAUAUGUGUUGAUGAAGAAGACGGUCACUGAGGAACUGGUGCAUUGGAUCCAUCACACACAGAGAACCUAGGGGGACAGCGAGACAUUACAAUGAAGUGCAUACUUAUCGUAUCCGAGGGAGCAGAAGUCCUGUUCUACUGGGCUGAUGAAGAGUUUGAGAAGAAUCUGCAAAAGAAAUACUCAGCAUGUGAUGAGCUGCUGGAGUUGUCAAGCUUUGGUGACAGCAUUAAUACCCUUUUUGCACCACUGAUCAUCUCUUGUGUGACACUGCUGGAGAAGAUCGGAGACACCUACACGUGUUUCACUACUGAGAAUGGUCACCUGUGUGUGCUGCACAUGUUUGGAGAAAUCCUGUUCAUUGCGGUCAAUGGGGACGGAGCAGAAAAUGAAGACGACUUGAGGAGGAAGAUUUAUGUCCUGAAGAGACUCACUGAGGUUCACUUCGGUCUGGUCACGUUGGACGGUCAACUUAUCAAAAAAGAACUCCGACCGCCCGAUUCAGAUCAGAGGAACCUCGUAUGGAAGACGUUCCAGAGCCUGCUCGUAACCUACAGCCGCCUGAGGAAUGAAGACCAAAGCUAUGCAAUAGAGGCUGUAGAGCGUCUGAUACACCCAAAGCUUUGUGAGCAAUGUAUUGAGUUCCUGGAGAAGCAGAUCGUGCAGUACAUCAAUGGCAACCAUGAGCGAGGUGGCGAGGAAGUCCUGCAUGCCUUCAUCCUGGUCAACACCAAACUUCUGUCACUUUUCUCCAGUCGAAAUGCCAGUUCCCUGAGACCCGCAGAUCUCCUUUCCUUGAUUCUCAUAGUCCAGGACCUGUACCCGGGGCUGAAUAUACUACAGGAGCAAAGUGUCUCGACCACAGAAGACAAUGCAGCCUCAGAGGAAUAUUACACUCCUGACCCCUCCCCCAGCACAAGCAGCUUAGGUGAUAGCAGCUGCAGGGAUGACAGUUCAUCAAUAUCUAGUUAUGGGGACAUUGAAAUCCAGAUCGCUGAAGACAGCUUAAAGACUCUGGUUGGCCCCGUGCCAGAAUCUACCAACACCAGGCGGGUUUUUCUGGAUGCCAACCUGAGAGAGGGUUAUUGCCCCAUGAUGCCUCAUUCCAUGUACUGCUUGCCUCUAUGGGAGGGAAUGUCUCUGGUUCUUUUGACAAAGUUCACUGGAAGCCACCUUGCUCUCCCACUGUACCAGCUGCUGGAUGGCUUCACGAUGAUGGAAAGGAAGCUCCUGGAAGGACACAACAUUCAUCAGGUUGUGCGGUCAAAUCCCAUCAUGGCCGAGCUGAAACAAAGAAUGGAUCGGUUUGUUAAAAGCCUUGGUGGUCGGGAUAUUCAGUUACAGAACAUUUGGCAUGAAUUCAAGAACAAAGCAUUCUCCAGAAAUGAGACUGCAAGUCAGGCAGAACUUAUUCAAGCGUGUGGAAAUGUAAAGCGUCAGCUCUGCUCCAUAUACCGUCAGCUAUUUCUGGCCUCUCCGAUAAGUGGAACACAUGCGUUGUCCCUAAAUAUACAGACCCGGGUCAGGCAACGAGUUCAAGAGAAACUGAUGGACUGGAAGGAAUUUCUGCUGGUGAAGAGCAAGAGAAACAUUACGAUGGUGACUUACUUGGAAGAAUUUCCUGGCUUGGUGCAUUUUAUUUAUGUGGAUCGCACAGUGGGACAAAUGGUCGCCCCUUCCAUGAACAUUGAAGAUAAAUCUACUACAGAACUUGGAAACAGCCUGUUGGCGAAUUUCAUAAAAAACAAGGUGUGGUUCCUGAUCGGUCUGUCUCGCCGCUACCUACAGAAGGGCUACACAACACUGACAUUCCGAGAUGGGGAUUAUUAUUGCUGCUAUUUCCUGUGGUUUGAGAAUGAAGUUGGUGAUAAACUGGAAGCCAUUGAUGUACCGGUACUAGGAGAUGAUUCUGCUCCAAUAGGAAUGCUAGCGGGAGAAUAUUAUAGGAAAUUACAUCGAUAUUACAGCAAAAACCACCAGGCAGAGCUGGUGAAGUGCUAUGAGCUGUUGACCCUGCACUUGGGCAUCAUCCCACCGGAGUUCAUCAUUCAGCAGUGCCGGGACCUGGCUCGUAAGCUGUGGGAGCCUUGUCGUAUACCACUACUGUAAAUGGGACUGUGACACCGGCUGUAGUCCUGAUCCUGUUACACAUGUAUUCUCUGCUCUGUACUGACAGUUUAGAGCAGUGUUUUCCAACCAGGGUGCCUCCAGC